AGCCAGAGAAGACUCGGCCUACUUCCUUAGUACCUUCGACAAUCUCCAGGUUAGCAGUAAAUCUGAAUGCUGAAUGCAAGGGUCUGAAUGCAACCCUGAACAACGAGAGCUUCAAUCCGCCUAAAAACCUGAAAUGGGCACUGAAGAGAGAGAUCCCGAGGUCGUGGUCGAGCCACUGGUGAAGGAGCAGGAGGCACCAGAGAAAGAGAAGGAGUCCCCCGUGGAGCCUCCUCAAGGACAAACCUCUGACACCACCGACCCCCUCAACACGUACAAGUGGCACACCGGCUCCAAGGGAACGCUCAAUGAGCCGAAAGAAGCAGAAGGCGGUGCGGCUUCUUCCACAUCUACAAUCGACAGGAUUCAAAAGGCCUCCAGCACCAAGUGGAGCAAGAUGCAAAACUGGCGCAAGGCCAUGAGUGAGGACCCCGGAGAAAAGAAUCAACCGAGCGGUAAAGGAGGUGAGGGAGCCAAGCCUGAGAAAGGUGCCGGAGGAAGAAAGAACCCCUUCAGGAGAGCCCUGUCCGAGCCUCCCGGGUCACUGUUUGCAGCCUUGUCCUCGUCCUCCAGCGCCGGCACCUCAGCUAAUGCAGCUUCAUCCUCAGCUACUGCUGCUGGUGCAGAGGCCUCAGGAGGUUCCCCCACUGACCCUUCCCAAAAGGGAGGCGGAGGGGCGCUUUUAAAGAAAUAUGCCAGGAUUGUGUCCCAGAAGCUCAAGAGGCCCAGGUUGCAGAGUCGGAGCAGCACGCCAUCGUUACUGCCAGAUGUGGGUGAGGCCGAGCCGACACCAGCCGCACACAAUGAACUCCCUAGACUGCAAUGGGUCCCACCUCAGGAGGUCCCCUUGUGGGACAUCAACUGCUGUGUCCUUGAAGAUGGACAAAUUAUUAUUUCCCCAGAGGAGGAGCCGACCAUGUGGACACGAAACCGCGUGAGCAGCUGUCUGUCCAACCUCAGCAUGCAGAACCUCGUAGACAUCGACACAGAAUGCAGCCCCGACCACGUGGGGACCCAGGGUGGUCCUCGGCGAAAGAUCGAAGGCGGUGUGAUGGCUAAGAUCAAGAGACGCCGUGACAACAAGGGCAAGAGGGCUAGCAACUCCCAACCAGCUACAAUGGGACUAAACAAAGGAACCUGGAUCUAUGGAUCUCGGGAAUCUGUGUCAAUUCCAGUCAGUGCAGUGGGGAGUCUAGACCUAGGUGCAGACACCAGCACUGUCAUCAGGCCGGUCCACAGCUCUAUUCUGGGGGAGAAGUAUUGCUUUGAGGUGAUAAACUCUGAGAACACCCACUGCUUUGGCUGCUCCUCAGCUGCAGAACGUGACCGCUGGAUUGAGGUCCUGAGACGGGCAGCACAGCCCAACAAGGAUAACAUUGAGCGCACAGAGAACUCCUUGAGCCUGUGGGUGAACGAGGCAAAGGAUCUCCCACCCAAACGGCGAUAUUACUGUGAGGUACACCUGGACGGGACCUUGUUUGCGCGCACCAGCAGCCGAGCUGUCGGCAAGCAACCUAACCGCUCCAGCUUGGCAGCAGAUGGCUCAAUGGGGUCUUCAGGGGGCCUGGGAGCCAGUGGAAGUGCUGUAGGAGGGUGUCCACUAUUCUGGGGUGAAUUCUUUGAGCUUGACAACCUGCCCUCUGUAUCCCAAAUCAGCCUGCACCUCUUCCGAGAGGAAGACCCCAAGAAAAAGCGUCACUCCCGAGACGAGGUCAGUCUGCAGCCCCUGGGCAGCGUGGUCAUACCUUUAGCUGAUAUUCGAGGAAGGACCUAUCAGGAGAAAUGGUACACCAUCAUUCCACACAAGGCGUCAGGCACAGCUGGGAACAAAGAACUGCUGGGGCCACAGGCUUCACUCCGCAUCAAGGCCCGUUUCCAGAAUCUGCAAGUGUUACCAAUGGAGAAAUACAAAGAGUUUGCCGAGUACGUGACAGUGGAUUAUGUGGAAAUGUGCAGAAACCUGGAGCCACUUCUGAAUGUGAAGGAGAAGGAAGAGCUGGCAGGAGCUCUUGUACAUGUACUCCAGAGUAUUGGCAAAGCCAAGGAAUUCCUCAUUGAUUUGGGCAGCGCAGAGGUUGAACGUCUUGGAGAGAAGGAAGCAUUGAUCUUCAGAGAGAACACACUGGCCACUAAAGCCAUAGAUGAAUAUAUGAAGCUGGUUGGCCAGAAGUACCUCAUUGACACACUAGGGGACUUUAUCACCCGCCUUUAUGCAUCGGAGGAGAACUGUGAAGUUGACCCUCGUAAAUGUCCCGCGGCGGACCUGUCAAACAGCCAGAAGCACUUGAGGGAAACCUGUGAAGAGGUGGUGCAGAAGAUUAUAGAGGUCCAUGGACCCUUUCCUGAAGAGUUAAACAAGAUCUUCUCCCGAUGGGUGGAGGUGUGUGAAGACCAAGGCAGGGUCGAGAUUGGCCAACGUCUCAUCUCUGCUUCCCUCUUCCUUCGCUUCUUGUGUCCUGCUAUCCUCAGUCCUUCUCUUUUCGGCCUGACACAACCUUAUCCAGAACCAAACACCCUGCGAACCCUGACCCUUACUGCCAAAGUCAUCCAGAACCUGGCCAACUUCACCUUGUUUGGAGAGAAAGAAGAGUACAUGCUGUUCAUGAACGAAUUCCUGCAGCAGCAUUGGGAUGGAAUGAGGGGCUUCCUCCAAACGGUGUCCAAUCAAGACACAGAAAUGCCAAUGACCUCCUUCGAUGGCUAUGUGGAUUUGCCUCUGCGUUUAGCUGUGCUCCAAGGCCUGCUGGUGGACAUUAUCUAUCAGAGGGACCAGGAGACAAUUGACAAGCUGCAACCUCUGCCAUCGAUUCUGAACCAGAUCAGUGAGUCGCUGGGCCCUGAGGCACCUCGGAUCACUGUCAGCAGCCAAAUGGGGCAAUCCAAGCCAGUGUAUGUUCCUCCUAAAGAACUGGACAAGUAUAGCCCACUACGGUCAUCCCACCAGCAGCUGCCUGUGGACUCCCAUAGCCCACGAGAUAGGGAUGUCAGGAGUACCAGGAACCGCGGAGAGAGGAAGCCAGUGUCCAGGACUCAGAGUGCCCCUCAAAGACCACGCGCGCACAAACACGCCUUAAAAAGGCAGACGAGUUCUGAAGCUCUGCCGUCAUCUGACCAUGAACCGGAGGAGGAAACCAACCAGCCACUUAUCUCACAACCAAACACUAAACACAGUGUCAAACGUGCCAAACCUGAGCCCGUUCCCUGGAUUAAAAUCACACAGAACCGAGAGUCAUGUGAAACGAAGACUGAGUAUGAGGAGACCAACGCACUGGACAGGCACGCCCAAGAGCUGUCGGAGCUGCGACUGGGGAUAGAGCAGGUAACAGAGCGAGAGCUGGACAUGGCAAAGCGCCUGGAGGACUUCAUCAUCCAGAGCCAGGACCAGAAUGCAAUGCUGCAGACUGAGGUGAACGAGCUGCGGAACAUGCUGGCUGUGAAAGAAGAGCAGCUCGCCAGUGCCACCUUCAGGCUGGGUGUGAUUGAGGAGGAGAGGGAAGAAGAUGAGAGGAAGCUAAGUGUUGCCAUCGCAGCAGCUGAGAGAAUGAAUGUGCUGGAGGAACAGUUUGCAGCUCUGAUGAGGGACCUUCAGCAGCUGAGUGAGGCCCAGAACAAAAUGAAGCAUCCUGAAAAGCCCCUGGUCAACAGCAACUCUGAAGCCUGAUAGUAUAAGCGUUUCAGUUAUACAGUUUUGUAUAUAGAGAUGGCGCGGAAACCACUGCCUAAAGUCACAUUUGUGGCUUCGGGAUUUGAUAUUAGUUUAUACUAUAGACAUUACAACAUUACAAUAACAAUGAACGUGGUGAACUCCAACUGAAGUGAACAUGUCCAUAUUUUAAGUGUUACUGUCGGAGCUACGGACGUGGUGAACUUAUAAUAUUCUAUGAUAAAUAAAAACUGAAAGUGUUUCUUUGAGUUUAUUUUUAAUUACUAUUUGCUGUCUUAUCUAUAUUUGGAAGUGUGCUGACGGCUGUGGGGCAUUAAUAAUGACGUCUAAAACAGCCGCUUAGAGACCGGACUGGACGUCCAGAGUCAAGUCUGACACUUUUGAGCAUCUUUGUGAAAAGAAAAAUACUUGUGCUGCAGGUAAAUGAAACAAUGCUACAAUAAACUCUUGUGCCCUCUAA